AUGCCCACGCGACCUCUUGUGCUGGUAACAGGCGCUACAGGCUUCAUCGGCACCGCGAUCGUGCUCCAUCUCAUUGCGCAGGGAUAUCGCGUGCUUGCGACUACGCGGUCAUUUACAAAAGUGAACUCCUUUCUUUCACGUCACCCGCGCCUGGCUGACUCAGUAGCAUGGACCAUCAUACCCGAUAUGACCUCCCCCUCUGCGUUCGACAGCGCUGUCACAGGCGUAGAUUAUAUCAUCCACGCCGCUGCCCCAGUGAACCGCAGCUGGAAGCCAUUUGAGGCCAGCGCGAUAGACGUCGCUACGAAGGGAGUGACGAACCUGCUUGAGGCGGCGGCGAAGGCGAGCAGCGUGAGGAGAGUGGUUGUGACGAGCUCUUUUGCGGCGGUGUUUGAUCAUCGGAAGGGUGCCAGGGUGGGGUACACGUACACAGAUAAGGACUGGAGUCCGCUCACGACAGAAGAUGCCAAAGAAGGCGGUGACCCAGCCUAUGUCGUCUCCAAGAAAUUGGCAGAACAAGCCGCUUGGGACUUCAUCGCCCACCACAAACCCCAUUUCACGCUAACGACUAUCUGCCCUCCGCUCGUAUUCGGCCCGCCCCUCCAGCCGGUGGAUAGCAUGUCUGAGCUGAACACGAGCGCGGACGAGGUUUGGAAACUGAUGAACGGGAGCUGUGGGGUACUGCCGCCGACGCUUAUCCCCACGUGGGUUGACGUGCGAGAUGUUGCAAGGAGACACGUCGCCGCUCUCUCCCACCCGCACGCCCCAAACCAACUGUAUCUCACAGUUGCCGGGCUGCUCAGCAACGCCCAAAUCGCGCACAUCCUCGGCCAAGCCUUCCCCGACCUUUUGGCAAAUGCCCAGAUCCCCGCUUCUAAUAACGAGCCCCCGCCCCCGAUGUCUGCCGUAGAUUCGAGAAGAGCGAUAGAGGAUUUUGGCGGGUGGGUGGCGAUGGAAGAGAGUGUGACGGAUACAGCUAAGGCAUUGCUGGAGCUGGCGAAGAGGGUGCGGCCUUGA